AUGUUACAAACAGCCUUUGAUGGCGAUACUAUGUCACAAGCACGUGCUUACGAAUGGUAUAAACGCUUUAAAGAAGGUCGUGAAAAUGUUAACGAUGACGCUAAGUCUGGGCGUCCUAGCACCUCAUGCAACGAUGAACACGUUAAAAAGGUGAAAGAGAUUGUGCUUGCUAAUCGAAGAAUUACCAUCAGAGAAGUUGCUGAAGAACUAAGAAUAUUGUACGGCUCAUGCGAAGCGAUUUUCAUUAAUAUUUUGGGUAUGAAACGAGUGGCAGCUAAAUUCAUUCCGAAAAUUCUGAAUUUUCAACAAAAGCAGUAUCGCGUAGAACUCGCCAAACAAAUGCUUGCUGACAUCGCUAAUGACCCAGAAUUACUCCAACGCGUUAUAACCGGUGACGAAACGUGGGUGUAUGGCUAUGACGUCGAAACAAAGGCUCAAUCAUCGCAAUGGAAGUGUUCUGAGGAGCCGAGACCGAAAAAAGCGCGUCAAGUGCGGUCAAACGUGAAGGUUCUCCUUACCGUUUUCUUUGAUUACAGUGGAGUUGUGCACUUUGAAUUUCUAUCGACAGGUCGCACAGUUAAUAAAGAAUUCAAGCCAUCAUCAGUGAAAUUCAAGCCAUCAUCAGUGAAAUUUGUUUCUUGGUGGUAUGGUAUGAUGACUCGAAUUGAACCGAAACGUCCGAACAUUCCUAGAUUCAUGUAA